AUGACUUCCGAUGACAAUUAUACUGUGUUCCGCGAGUGCCUCUCGAGCGCCAUCGUCGCCCGCUCCGAAAAGCCCAGGACAACAGUCAAACGGAGACCGAAGGCUAAGCGUAACGGCCACAAAGAACCCUCCAGCGCAAUUGAGACUACUUUGCCGGAGCGAGUCGAUCCAGAGGAAUUAGCGGAGUUUGUCGAUGAAUCCGUGCAGUUCAUCGCCUCCGAAACAUUCACUUCCUUCCCUUUGCCUCUGCAAACGAUUUCCUAUUCUGCAACGCAGCAUGAUCCAGCCCUAGCAGCUCUGUAUGUCCCCGCGGACACCGACACACCCGUAGACCAACCCGUGCUCGAGUCACUCUGUGCCACCGUCCCUGUCACCGUGACAGAUUCGCUCUCCGUUUACGGGCUCAUUCCUGACGCUGCCGACUUACCGAGCUUCCUUUCUCCAGUGCUGAGCGAGUACAUCACCAGCGUGACAACUGCACCACCUGUGUGGAGCACGACACGCGCCGACGCGUGCGAGAUCUGCGAGCGCGACUGGAUCCCGCUCUCAUACCACCACCUGAUUCCACGUGGCGUCCAUGCCAAGGUCAUGAAGAAAGGAUGGCAUGACGAGUGGAUGCUCAACAGUGUGGCGUGGCUUUGCCGGGCCUGUCAUAGUUUCGUGCAUCGCAUGGCGAGUAACGAGGAGCUUGCGCGGGAAUGGUUUACUGUGGAUCGAAUACUGGAAAGAGAGGAUGUGCAAGAUUGGGCAAAAUGGGUUGGACGAGUGAGAUGGAAAGCGAAAUGA